UCCACUAUCCAUAUAAAAAAAAUACUAUAAACAUUUAUCGAAAAAAUAUGUACUUUAACAAUUUACAGUAAAUUGUAAACACAUUAAUAACAUUUGUUAAAAAGCGAAAGUGGAUCGAUAAUUCUUUGAAUAAAAGUAACUUAAAAUGUCUGCACUUCAAAAGAAUAUCAUGAAAAGUAAUCUCCCACCAAGAAUGCCACGAACAUCAGGAGAAUCAAAGCUUGCUCCAUUUAGUGGCGGGCGAAAGCGAAACUAUGCUCCAGUGUCUUGGAAUCAAUACUUUGAAAAAUCUGUUGAUUUGGAAACAGAGAGUGGAUCAUUCAGAGUUUAUUUAUCACCUGAACCUGAUCACCCACAAAGGCCGAGAAUAAUAACAUUACAUGGUGGGGGAUAUUCAGGACUCAGCUGGGCUCUUUUCACAGAGGAAAUUACAAACAUGAUUCAUUGUCAAGUUGUAUCACUGGAUAUUCGUGGUCAUGGAGAGACACAAGCUAAAAACCCUAAUGAUUUAAGCAUUGAAACAUUAAUUAAAGACGUAGAACAAGUGAUUCAUAAGUUAUAUGGUGAUGAUGAGUUACCCCCUUUAAUCCUACUUGGACAUUCAAUGGGAGGUGCUAUAGCUGUGAGAGCGGCACAUUUACCUGCCAUAGAGCCCUAUAUAUAUGGGGUAGCUGUUAUAGAUGUUGUUGAGGGUACAGCUAUGGAUGCUCUGGCCAGUAUGCAAAGUUUCCUCCGUGGCAGGCCAACACAUUUCAAGAAUCUAGAGCAUGCUAUAGAGUGGUGUGUAAGAAGUGGUCAAGUACGGAAUGUUGAAUCAGCCAGGGUUUCAAUGCCUAGCCAAAUUGUCAACUGCACAACCAAUCAACUGGCAAUAAACGAGGUUGAUACGUACGUCAGUGAUGACGUCACGGAUGAAGUGGCGACUUGCGCACGCGCCGACGUCAUACUUGAGGAGGGAGAGGGAGAGGGGGACGGAUUCGUCAGUCCCACUCCCGUUUCUGGAGGAGCUAUGAAAUAUCGUUGGCGAGUGGAUUUGUCGAAAACCGAACAACAUUGGUCGGGAUGGUUUUCUGGGUUAUCGAACUCGUUCCUAACGACGCGUGCGCCUAGGCUUUUGCUACUCGCUUCUGUGGAUGGACUUGACAGAGAAUUGACUGUUGGACAGAUGCAAGGGAAAUUUCAAAUGCAAGUCCUUACGAGAUGCGGUCACGCCGUGCACGAAGAUUCACCCGCUGAGGUGGCGAGAGUUCUUGCGUCGUUUUUACUGCGACAUCGUUUGACUUCACCGACAGACGAAGGAGAAAAUAUGCAACUAGCUUCCGCACCCGGGUGUUAAUUUAAUUGUAUAAACUUUUUAUUUUUGUUGGUAUUUUUAUUUCAUCAUUUGUGCGGCAGAAUAGACCAAUAGUUUUAAAAAAUAAAAUCGACGUUUUCUAAUGUUAUAUUUAUGAAAGUAAGUUGUAAUUUUUUUUGGUAUCUUAAUGCUGGAUCUCUGUGCUUUCGAAGCGGUACAUUUUAAUUAAUAAAAAUCACAUUUGUUUAGUUUUAUGCCGUCCAGUGCUUUAUUUCUUUGUGUUUCUAUAGAAAUUAGAUUAUAAUAAUACCUAAACAGACGUACAUACUGACAUGUACUGGUUCUCAACUUUCAAAAUAUUGUAGUCUAUAGAUUUAUCAUAAUUUGUAAAGAUAGUAUUACUUGUGAUUUUAUUGAAAAAUGUUGUGAAUAAAGUAUU